AUGGACUUCUACGAACUUCCUGGCCAGAUGACGGUCUGGCUUGAUGCUGCAUCCAACACUUUCCAGAGAGUUCCUGGGUCUGCUGUCCUGAUCCGAUACGUCCGCUCUAGCUACCAGAACGACCCCGUCCGCUCAGCUAUUGAGCUAAUUCUCGUCAUUUUCUUUAUACGCUAUCUCCUGUCCCCUUCGUACUCGACCUCUAAGCAGAACUUUAUCAAGCUUAGCGAAGAAGAAAUUGACGAACUUGUCGACGAAUGGACGCCCGAACCUUUGGUCGCUCCUUUGACCCCUCUCGAGGAGAUGGAGACAGAGUCUCUUCCUGUUGUUGUCGGUCCGACCGGCCCCAAGUGCAAACUGUCUAACGGACGCACGGUCGCCAACUUGGCUUCUUCCAACUUUUACAACUUCAAUGCCAACGAGAUCAUCAAGGAGAAGGCCAUCCAGACGCUUCGAACAUAUGGCGUGGGCCCCUGUGGCCCGCCACAGUUUUACGGCACCCAGGACGUUCACAUGAAGACCGAGGCAGAUAUUGCUGCCUAUCUUGGCACGGGCGGUUGUAUUGUGUACGCCCAGGCCUUCUCGACCAUUUCCAGCGUGAUCCCGGCUUUCUGCAAACGUGGCGACGUCAUUGUGGCCGACCGUGCUGUCAACUACGCCAUCCGAAAGGGCCUGCAGAUCUCCCGCAGUAACAUUCGCUGGUACAAUCACGGCGAUAUGGAAGACCUCGAAUCCCAAAUGAAGAAAAUCACUCUGGAGCAGGCCCGCAAGAAGAAGCUGACACGCCGAUUCAUUGUGACGGAGGCUCUUUUCGAGAAUAUUGGAGAUGCCACAGAUCUUCCAAAGCUUAUUGAGCUCAAGGAGAAGUACAAGUUUCGCAUCAUCCUCGAUGAAACUUGGUCUUUCGGGGUACUUGGCCGUACCGGUCGUGGUUUGACCGAAGCCCAAAAUGUGGAUCCCUCGCAGAUCGACAUGAUUGUUGGGUCUUUGGCUGGGCCUCUUUGCGCUGGGGGUGGCUUUUGUGCUGGUGAAAGGGAUGUUGUAGAGCACCAACGAAUCACGGCUGCCGCAUACACAUACUCUGCGGCCCUGCCGGCACUUUUGGCCACAACUGCGAGCGAGUCCAUCAGCCUGCUUCAAUCUAGCCCCGAAAUCUUGCAACAGUGCCGAGAAAAUAUCAAGGCAAUGAAAGCGCAGCUUGAUCCCCGGAGCGACUGGGUCACGUGCACAAGCGCCCCUGAAAAUCCGGUCAUGCUUCUAGUUCUGAAACCUGACGUUGUUCGGAGCAGGAGACUCACCGUGGAAGACCAGGAAAGACUGCUACAGGAGUGUGUGGAGGAGUCGCUUACCAAUGGUGUGUUGAUUACAAGACUGAAGACCCAACCCAUAACCAGUGGCAUGACUUCGGCCGAGCUCACUGAGUGGCCCGUUUCGCCUGCGCUCAAGGUUUGUGUUACUUCAGGCUUGUCCAAGAAGGAUAUCGAGAAAGCUGGAGUGACGAUUCGCCAUGCUAUCACUAAGGUUAUGUCACGCAGAGCAAGCAGCAAACUUGGCCUGCCAGUCGCCGCGUAA